CGCUAUAUCAAUAAAUUUGCUUUGCUUUGCUUAAAUAAGUCAGUCAGUUUGAUUAAACUCAAGUCUAUCAAAGCAGACAAUUGUUGAUCGGCGCAUUACCGCAUAGUUGUGUUUUGAAUUGUUGUUUUACUUACUAGAAAAUGUGAUUCACUUGUGAAAUUGUUUUGGUUGUAAUUAUAUUUUGUAUACUUGACUCUGAUUCUCCCUCACCCCCCCUGGCUGGAAUCCGCUCAACUGGAAUGACUCACAACUCGUGAUCCCCCCAUUCUUUGUAACACACCAGACCUUAAAAGAUGCUUUCCCCCCUCCAAUACUCUCUUUCCUAAUUCUCACUCCCUUCACAGUUUUCACAGUAUUGUAGUGCUUAUGCAGCACACUUCAUAUGCCUGUAUGACUUCUUGGAAUUAUCUUCUUUUUUAAACUCAAAUGGCCACGAAUAAAGUUGCAGCUCUUCAGAGCAAGAAGAGAAAAUAUUUUAUACCUUACUUUUUGGGGUUUGUCCUGUUCCUGUAUUGCACCAUUCAUCUUGUAUCAUUCACAGCAAAUACAGCUGACUGGAGCCACACGAUCAGGGUGCGCCGUACACUUGAGAACGAGACCGAAUGCAUCGUACCUCAAUCGUCUGAAUUUCCUGAUGGCUUCUUCACCGUGCAGGAGAGGAAGGACGGAGGCCUCGUCCUCUACUUCAUGCUCAUUUUCUAUAUGCUGUUGGCCGUUGCUAUAGUCUGUGAUGACUACUUCCUCCCAUCCUUAGAAGUCAUCAGUGAGCGUUUGGGAUUGUCUCAAGAUGUCGCUGGUGCUACAUUUAUGGCCGCUGGGAGUUCUGCACCUGAGCUGGUGACAGCAUUCCUGGGUGUUUUUGUGACAAAGGGGGACAUUGGGGUCAGCACAAUAGUGGGCUCAGCUGUCUACAACCUCUUGGGCAUCUGUGCUGCAUGUGGACUCUUGGCCUCUAUGGCAGGACGUCUCACCUGCUGGCCAUUGUUCAGGGACUGCUUGGCAUACGGCAUCAGUGUUGCCGCUGUUAUUGCUAUCAUUUCUGAUAACACGGUGUACUGGUACGACGCCGCCUGUCUUCUGCUGGUCUACGGCGUCUACAUCGUAGUCCUGUGCUUUGACCUUCGCAUCAGUGAGUUUGUCCUGAGUAAGAUCAGCCCUUGCUGCACCUGUCUGGGAAGAGGCUCAGAUGAGAAGAGCGAGACACGACCUCUGAUGGGCCUCUGGCACGACGACACGAGCCUGCGAGUCCACAGCCGCUCCUGGGCGGACAGCGGAAUCUUCCAGGAUGAUUCGGGAUACUCCCAUCUUUCUCUCAGCUUGCAUGGCCUCAAUGAAAUUGCCGAUGAGCAUGAAGGUGUAUUUGCUGUGCCGGAGAGCGACUUCAAAAGGAUCCUGUGGGUUUUGUCUCUACCGAUCAUCGUCCUGCUCUUCCUGACCGUACCUGAUUGCCGAAGGCGGUUCUGGAAGCAGUGGUUCGUCAUCACCUUCAUCAUGUCUGCAGUCUGGAUCUCAGCUUUCACAUACAUCCUGGUGUGGAUGGUCACUGUUGUCGGUGAGACACUUGCCGUUCCUGAUACAGUGAUGGGACUCACUCUGCUUGCAGCUGGAACAAGUAUACCUGACACUGUAGCCAGUGUUAUGGUGGCCAGAGAAGGGAAAGCUGACAUGGCCAUGUCCAACAUUGUGGGUUCAAACGUAUUCGACAUGCUUUGUCUGGGUUUGCCGUGGUUCAUCCAGACUGCAUUUGUGGACACCAACAACCCCGUGGAGGUCAACAGCAAGGGCCUUGUGUUCAUUUCCGCAACACUCUUGCUUUCCAUCAUUUUCCUCUUCGUGGCCGUCCAUGUGAAUGGUUGGAAACUGGACUGGAAGUUGGGCGUUGCUUCCCUCAUUUGCUACAUCAUCUUUGCUACUCUGUCUAUCCUAUAUGAGAUGGGGAUUAUUGGAGAUAAUCCUUUAAGACUGUGUAGCGACUGAGAUACGACCGUACGCUGGAUCAAAGCUAUUUUACCAAGACUGUUGAGAAAACGUUCCAACUUGUGCGUCCUUGCCGUUAAACCUGCUGUGCCGUGGAUGGUCCACAUCACUUCAUCUCAGGAAGAGUACCAAAGAUCAUGUUUGUUGGUGUAAAUGUGCUAGGUUACCACAAUGUGAAACCUUCUCCAGUGCAGUCUGCUUUGAGACUGAACUGACUUGAAAUUCUCUGAUCUGUGAUGCAAUGUGGCUCAUUAACAAACAACCAAAUACUGAUCUGGGAAUAAAAAAAAUA